CCUGCUCCCACAUUGCGCUGGAAGAGGGCGGUGGAUGGAAUUCUCAAGGAAGAUGUGUAUCGCUGUCAAAAUAAUAGUGGUGCUCAACGAAUAAUAUAGAUUUUCCUGUAAAUAUUUCCUGAACUCACCUAACAAUGGACACCGUCGGCGUUAUCGUAUGGCUUUAUGUUGCUUGCAUGGCACAUUCGUCUGAUGUCAAACAUGGCGUUAUGUCGUGGGGAAAGAGUAAAAUGCAGCCGUUACUCAAGUAUAAGCAGAGGUCUUCCAUACAGACCGAUGUGGUCACCAUUCUGUCCAGGUCACAUGGGGACCGCAACGUCUACCCCUCUGCUGGAGUGCUGUUCGUACACGUGCUGGAGAGGGAGUAUUUCAAAGGGGAAUUCGCCCCAUACAUAAAAGCUGGUGACUCCAGUAACGACCCCAUCACAUUCAACACCAACCUGAAAGGAUAUCCUGACAGGCCUGGCUGGCUGCGCUACAUCCAGAGAACUCCCCACAGUGACGGAGUACUUUAUGGCUCCCCAACGGCUGAACACGUUGGCAAGCCCACUGUAAUUGAGAUUACAGCCUACAACAGACGCACUUUCGAAACGGCCAGAAACAACUUGGUCAUAAACAUCAUGGCUACCGAAGAGUUUCCAUUGCCCUAUCAGGCCGAGUUCUACAUCAAGAACAUGAAUGUGGAAGAGAUGCUGGCCAGCGAGGUGCUCGGUGACUUCCUGGGCGCCGUGAAGAACGUGUGGCAGCCCGAGCGACUCAACGCCAUCAACAUCACCUCGGCACUGGACCGCGGUGGCCGCGUGCCACUCCCCAUCAACGACCUCAAGGAGGGUGUGUAUGUGAUGGUGGGGGCUGACGUACCAUUCUCAUCUUGCCUGCGGGAGGUGGAGACGCCUCAGAACCAGCUACGUUGCAGUCAGGAGAUGGAGCCGGCAAUCAGCUGUGACAAGAAGUUCCGUGCCCAGUUCCACAUUGACUGGUGCAAAAUCAAUCUGGUGGACAUCACCAAAGUGGUGACGGUGUAUCGCGAGCGGCCCAACCCAGGGCCAGGCGUACUGCCAGACAUUGGGGAGUACGACCCCCCGUCCGAGGCCCUGCAGAGCCGCGACUACUUCUCCGACUUCGUGGUGACGCUGGCCGUGCCGUCGGCCGUGGCCCUGGUGCUCUUCGCCGUCCUCGGCUACGCCAUGUGCUGUCGCCGCGAGGGGGUGGAAAAAAGAAACAUGCAAACACCAGACAUCCAGCUGGUGCACCAUAGCUCCAUCCAGAAGUCCACCAAGGAGCUGAGGAGCAUGUCCAAGAACCGCGAGAUCUCCUGGCCUCUGUCCACGCUGCCCGUCUUCCACCCGGUCAGCGGGGAGGUGGUGCCGCCAUUGCACCCGGACAACUACGAGACCACGAGCAUGCCCCUCAUGCAGACACAGACGAAUUUACAAAAUCAAGUCCAAAUACCUCAACAGCAACCUCCCGGAGAUAAUUAUUGUAUGUCAACAUUUCGAAGGCUGGAGGUAAAUGGUAUUCCUGAAGAGAGAAAAGUGGCAGAAGCACUGGACUUGUGAUCUGGAAUUCCACACUUAGACUUUGUUUCUUUUAUUAAUUUCAUGAUUAUGUUUUAUUGCAUUUGUAUUAUAUUCGCUCAUGCAAUGCUAGUAUGCAUGCAUUGCAGCCUAUUUCCAUGCUUUAAGCACUUUGGUUCAGGAAUGCCAAUGUGGAGUCAAGUUGUAAAUACUAAAUAAACUUGAAUAUGAUUCACAAUAGCUAUAUUCAAAAGAGGGGGUAUUUUUUAUAUGUAUAUUUUGCCAUUGAAGUUAAGUUGGCCUUAUUUGUUUUGUGACUAUUCUUGAACAAUAUCUACAUCAUGCUUGCUUGUUUUUCACUGGAACCAUAGCAUAAAGGAAGUGAGAUAAGCAGGAAGUGCCUCUGUUCUCUUUUAAACAUGAGACAAAGCAGACAGUAUCCAAAAAGCAAAGCAAAAUAAACUAAACAAAUGUUUUGUCAAUGCUAAUUGAUUUGUUCUCACCCCACUUAUUAAAAGAUUUUUGAGGAA